GGGCUUAUCACUUCGUCAGGUGCCUGUGUGUGAACAAGGGGGUGUUUUUUGUUGAUCACAUAGGCUUCUUGAGGGUUGGUCAAUCAAGCAAAGAGAGGUAUAGGGCGAGAACACAGAGACGAUUUUUUGGUUGUCAGUGGGAUACACACUCAGAUCACUAUCCACUGCUCGAGGCCCCCUCCGGAGCCCAUCACAAAAUAUACGAAUGGCGCCCGCACUCUCUGUCUUCGCCUUCAAUUCACUACAGGCAUUUGUUCUCCGAGGAUUUGGAAACGUUCUUGGUCAAGCUAUAUCAUCGUAUGAUCACAGCAGUUACCACACUCUUUUUGCAAAGCUCGACUUCUUCACCGUGAUUGUCUUUGCGUCAUGGGCACUUUUCUAUACACCCGUGUUUCUUUUAUGGAACUCCUUUCUUGAUAAGAGAUAUCCUACUGUUGUCAAGGUCCCUGAUACAUCUGCACCCGAAUCUAAGGAGGCAAAGAAGGAGAAAGAGGCCGCCACGAAAGACGAAUUGCAACGCGGCAAUGUACUGAUAAAAACAGUGCUCACCGAGAGUCUACUUUCGACUGUUAUGAACGGUAUCUUUGUCGCGUAUUUCACGUACAUGAGAACAGGCGACCCUUCGUAUGCGCGUCAGAAAGUGCAGAGUGAUCUCCCGGAUAUUCAAACAAGCUCGAUGAAACUAUGGCCGAUUGUUACAUACAUCAGUUUGGUGUAUCUGCCGGUAGAACGUCGGAUGUUGGUCAGGUCAUUAGUUGGUAUAUUUUGGAACGUGUAUCUGUCUAUUGCAGCUCAGUAGAUCUACAGAACUAGUUCUAAAAAUGAGCCCGAAGACUACUUCUUGAACUAAUCUAGGAUU